ACGGCACUUCCUACGCCGGUUUCCCUUUAUAAAUCCCAAUUAACUAGAAAUGCGGUGCAGCUUUUGCGGGCUUCCCAUCACACCCAUAAUUGCCCAGACAUUGAUACGCCCAUAAUGAAUAUUCAUCAAACCGAUUUCCGGCAAAAACGAACAUGGCAAAGACAGAAAAAAAAGGCAAGAAAAGAAACUUUAAUAACUCUGAAGUUGAAAUCCUUGUCGGAGAAGUAGAGACGAGGCAAAACAUUUUGUUUGGUGGCCAUAGUAUUGGCGUAACGAAUGCCAAAAAGGCAAGAGAGUGGCAGCAUGUGGCAGAUGCUGUGAACUCUGCAUCAGCACAGGGUCGCACUGUCGCUGAAAUUAAAAAGAAGUGGUCCGACAUUAAGGUGGACGCCAAAAACGCCUGGCCUCACACAGGCAGAGUGUGUGCCACGGGAGGGGGAACGGGGGCACCGGAGCUCACCCCUAUGGAUGAAAGGCUGGCCGGUAUAAUCGGCGAAUCCCUGCUGAGUAGAGUGGUGACGGAGGCAGAUGGGGAUCACCGAUGUUAAGUGUGCACCGGAUGAACCAGAUGCUGGUUCCAGCGGGGUAGGGGGACAGUGUACCGAGGAACCUCGUGUCUCGAGCCCCGGCGUCUCCACGGCACCUCCGGCGCCGAGCCCCGGCGUCUCCACGGCACCUCCUGAGCCGAGCCCCGGCGUCUCCACGGCACCUCCGGCGCCGAGCCCCGGUGUCUCCACGGCACCUCCUGCGCAGCCCUCCAGCAGCGGCCGUGUCCUCACGGAUGCAGUCCUGCAGAUGCAGAGGGACACAAUUGCUGCAAUACACGAGGUUGCAAGACAGCUGGGACAAAUUCUUCAUGUGCUGGCUGAAAUAAGCACUUCUUUAAAAGAUUUGGCCAAUAAAUAA